UUAAGGGAUAUGGGUCUGAUGAUUCAAGGAAUAGAAAAAGGAGGAAGAGUUUUUAAAGAUGGACGCUUAAAAGAAGAAGAUAAAAUUGUGGAAAUCAAUGGUCUAAGUCUUCUUCAUGAAACAUUUAAACGCGCUCAAGGAAUAUUCCGAGAAGCCAUGAAGACAAAAGAAUUACGGUUACGGGUGAAAAAAGCGGCACCACCGCUACCUUCCAAACCUCCACCAUUGCUUCCGAAACCUAAAAAUCAUUCCCCAUUGAAACCAUCACCAUUAACCUUGACUUCAAAUAGUCAAGAUCAACCAUUCUCAAGUGAAACUAAACUGGACGCUAACGCAAACAAUAUGACCGUCAAGCCAAAUUCUUUGCCAUUAGAUAAAGUGCCCAAUAUAACAUCAGAGACCCCUCCAUCCCCAACAAAAAAGACCCCACCAGCAGUGCCUGUUCGCCAUCCAUCAACAUCCUUAUCCCAUGAAAAUAAAGAUCAACAUACCUUCAUAGCACCAACCAAUACAAGGAAAAUUGGAAAACGGAUAAAUAUUCAGCUUAAAAAAGGAGAGCUUGGCUUAGGAUUUAGUGUGACCUCCAGAGACAACAUGACUGGUGGUGAAAUACCAAUUUAUAUUAAAAAUAUUCUGCCACAGGGAGCAGCUAUAGCUGAUGGUCGCCUUAAACCAGGAGACAGACUGCUUGAGGUAAACAGUGAAGGUAUGACUGGAAAAUCUCAAUCAGAGGCUGUAGCCUUUCUUCGUAAAAUACCUAAAAAUAGCAUCGUGGAGUUAGUUGUAUCCAGACAGGAACUGGAGACAACCAAUGAAAACAAAGAAAAUAUUGAGAAUAUUUCGGCAACGGAAGUGGUAUGUUUUUCAAAAACUGAUUCAGAAGAUGAAAGCACAAUCACAAAUUUAGUGAACUCAGAAGUCAUACUACUAGACAUUCCGUUAAAUAAUUCCGAGGCAACAGGACUGGGCGUCAGUGUCAAAGGAAAGUCUAUUUCGACCCCCCAGGGCACUAAAGAUUUGGGAAUAUUUAUCAAAUCAGUGAUGCCUGGGGGUGCUGCAUUUAAGGAUGGCCGUUUGAUCAUGAACGAUCAGCUAUUAGAAAUAAAUGGUGAAAAAUUAGUGGGUUUAACCAACAUUAAAGCUAUGGAAAAAUUGCGUAAUGCGAUGCAAAGUGAGGGACCCAUACCUGGACAUACAUUCCUUUCAGUGGCCAGAAAAAUUGGCGCUCCCUCACCCUUUUCACAAGGGGAUCAAAAUGUGGUGACUGACUCGACAGAACUUGUGAUGCAAGGUGUAAACAGUGCUUUAAAAAAUAAGGGAGAUAACUCUCAAAUUCCAGUGACUUCAGACCGCAAUAAACCCCUCAAUCCAAUUCUGGAUAGACUUAUGGGUAAUACAAACAGUCCAGUGCCAGGUGGUUUAAGAAAUGAAUCGUACACACGAGCGACUCAGGAUAGUUUUUUGAACGACAGCAAAGACGCAAUUGAUGGGGGACCACCUCAAAAUUCUGUGUCCAGUAAAGUCAAAUUGUUUCAAGCACCGACUGUCCAUCCUAGACAUCAGGAUGAAGUCAUCAUUGAGAAUGAUGCCUAUUCGUUGCCCAGAGUAAGUUCACAUCGUAGUUCAGAUUACCUCAAGAUGUUUUGUGUUUUUCAUAUUGAAAAUGAUGCCUACACAUUGCCCAAAGAUCUAUGUAUCUGCAUUAGCAAGUUGCUUUGA